AUGAGAUUAAGGAUUCGAAGUCAAGAUAAAGUUCAUAUUAUUAGUGAUUUAACCUCCACGUCAACUGUAUUUGAACUAAAAAGCGCAAUUCAUGCAUUAAGUGGAAUUAGCCCUCAUCGACAAGAGCCAGUCAAAAUAGGAUAUCCACCUCGAGUCUGUGGUGCGAAGGACGAUGAAAUCCUAUCCUCCGCAGGUAUUCAAAAUGGAGACCAAAUUAUUCUUAGUGAGAAUGCCCUACCACUACCAGAAACAACUAGUAGACCAGUUGAUAAAGUUGUUAGUUCUUCAGAAGCGGAAAUUGUAUCAGUUCCUGUAGAAAGUGGAUCAGUUAUCUUAAGAGAAAUGGAAGAUGAUAAUUCAUGCUUAUUUCGUGCAAUCGUUAUUUCUGCUGAUAUAAGAUACUCAAGUGUUUUUAUUCGCAUCAAAAGUUAUGUUUUGGAAAGAUCAGCCGAUAUUCAGAACCUUAGAAAUACUGUUAUUAAAUGCAUAAAGGAAGAUCCAGAGACUUAUUCUGAUGUGAUUCUUGGCAAAUCGCGAGAGGACUAUUGUUCAUGGAUUGCGCAGAAAAAUAGUUGGGGAGGAGCUAUCGAACUUUCAAUUUUUGCAUCUCAUUACAAAGUUGAAAUUCGUAGUGUCGAUGUUAAGUCCGGAAGAAUUGAUCGAUACGGUAGAUUAGGAGUUCGUAGUGGACAUAUUCACAAAAGCUUCAAUACCAAAGAAGUACGUCUUCAUUAUGACUCGGUCGCUCUAACUCCAAUGAUUGGAGCUGACAAAGAAUACGAACAAACAAUCUUUAACACAUCAGACGAAUCCAUCCUAAAUGCGGUAAUCAAGAUUGCCGAUAAAAUGAAACAGUUGCGUAAAUACACGUACACUUCUGAUUUCACUAUACGUUGCGGACAAUGCCAGAAAGGCUUGAAAGGAGAACAAGAAGCUGUACAACAUGCUCGAGAAACAGGUCACACUUCCUUUACCGAUUUAUUCAAAAUCUUGGCAAAAAUUCAGCAUUCAUAUCCUGAUAUGGGAACGCCCACAGCAAAAGCAGGAGAUGGGACCAAAAUGUUUUCCUCGCGUAAUGGAAUUGUUUUUAAUAAUUUAAUUCAAUCACUUGACUUGUCAAAAGAUGAGAAGCGUAUUAAGUCAAAGGCAACCGAAAUUUCGAGCCAAAUGGACGUGAAAAUUGGAAGUGCACCUGGUUUUAAAGAUUGGACAACAUGCAAACCUAUCUACGCAGUUCAUAUUGCCUGCGAACUACUUCAUAUUCAAUUCGACCGAAAAAAACUGUUGAAAUUAGCAAACACUACUGAACAGAAUUAUCAUUCUUCACUAUCUUACAUCAAAAAAAUAUUGGAAAUUCCUUCUUCGAUAAGUUUUGACUCACUAGCUGCGAGAUUUGGAUGCCCCAAAAUUAUUCCUUACGUUGAAACAAUGUUUGAAAUUUUCAAAGAAGAGUGGGUUAAGGAUCUAAGUGCAGCGAAUAUUAGAGAAAUUGAUUGGAAUGAUGACAUUUAUAAGAUAGCAGUAUUUGGGUGUUGUGGUAAAGUUUUCGGGGCACAAAGUCGAAUCAACCAACAAUUAAUAAAUUCGCCUGAUAUUUCCGUAUCACGUCCUGCAUUUCAAAAUAUGACGCGACUCAUUGAAAAAUAUUGUAAAUCUUAUAUUAACGAACUUAAGUCUCAAAUUAAAAAUGAGGGUCUCGCGACAUUUAUGAUAUCUCCAGUGAAGGGGAAUAAUUAUGUAAAUGAUGUUAAAGAAUCUUCUUUAGGAGACCGGGCAGGAAAUGGAACGAUGAAAAUUGUGAAUUUUAAAGAGACACCAUUAUAUAACGAUUAUAUUGUUUGGAGAUCUAAAAUUUUAGAGAAAAUUGAAGAAAUGGAGAACUAA